AUGGAUGAAACCUAUAUGGCGACGGAGCCAGCUUUAAACCUGCAAGACUUUCUAGCCGACUACCAAAAAAAAUUAUCCGUUACUGCGGACGAAGUGCCCUUCUUUCUGCAAACAACCCCACCACUUGUUGACGUGGGUGAAAGCUGUUCCCUGGACCUGAUCGAGUCACCAGACGACAGCUCGGUUGCAGUCUUUCAGCCCGCCGCAGACAAAAGCCGUCUGACCCUUGCUCGGCCGCGGGAGAAUCAGCAUGUGCCCUCCACCUAUUCGGCUUUAAGCCAGCACAAGGCCAAAUCCCGUAAAUGUUCCUUUGGCCGCACCCAGUACAGCCACAAACUGAAUCCGCCGCCGACAGACUCCCCAAACCCCUUCCUUGAUGCUUGCUGUGAGCUAGAGCUAACCGUGCGCCUCUAUCGACCACCGCGGGCCUACCAUCGAGGGUUUAAGGUGGAGAUGCCUGUUUUUGCGGAGGAAUACGUUUGUCUGGGCAGCAAUUAUCUGACCGAGCUGCGAGACAAGAUAAGCUGCGUUUGCCAUGGAAAACGCUUCGUCGACAUCAGCGACGACCCAGAUGCACCGUUGCCAUCCGUUGACACAAAUCCCGGAUACCUCUUCAUCAACGACACAUUCUACAAUGACAAGCGCAAUCCAAACAAUCCCGACUAUUCCCAGACCGUAUUGCGCUGGGCGGCCAGAGCGAACGGAGUAAACGGAGAAACGCUGAAGGUGGAAAGUAUGGAGGGCAAACGAUUCAUUGAUCUCACUGUCAGCCCUGGGUCACCGCUACACUACCUGCACCAUGGCAAUUGUGAGCAUCUAUUCGUAAUCUCCCAGAUCGAGAUGCUAACGCCACGAAGUAAACGCCCAGAUCGCAGCCUGUAUCCUUAUCCUCACGCCUUUAACACAUUUAAUCGCAGGACUUGCUAUAUGUGCGGCAUUCGCAGCUAUAGCUUCAUCGUGAAUCAGUCUCGGCGUCAGCUGCACGAUCCUUCCUACCUGUGCCGCAGUUGUUUUCUCAGCUUCUUUUACGUGGAUGGUGUCAAGCUGGGCCAGUUCAAGGCUUAUCGCAUGUACGACCAUGUGGAGGUGGAAGACGAAGAGGAGGAGGGCAGGGCAACGGAACGCGAAAUUAAAUAAUCAAGUCCCCCGUCCUGAGUAAACAUAAUAUAAAUAUGUGUGGUUUUUUUAUUUGCGAGCUCCAUUGACUGCAAGAUUGCCCAAGGAGUUGAUUGAUAUUUUGUUCUUGCAAAAUAUUCGUAGAUAGAUUUAAAUAAAAUACAUACACGUUGCAACAAGA